AUGAAUGGCUCGGAUACUAUAAUAACUAUGUUAGAAACCCAUUUUCGAAUCCCAGAAAAUAAAAUUCACAGACUUCACGGCAUUUGCAAUUUUCUUCUUAGCGGACUGAGAGAUCAGGACCAUGAAAAAAGACUCGAUAUCGACGAUAUGAAAACAAGAAUUAAUGAGUUGGCUCGUCUGUUCGUAGCACACAAUCAACUUGAUUUUGCCACUAUCUACAAUGACCUAUGGACACUACUUCUGAACUGGUGGAAUACUGCAACAUGGGCAAGACGAGAAAUUCGAGUACCUACGGAGAAAGGCGAUUUACUUGGUGAUUUGUUUGCUGAUAUCGUAGAUGAAAUUACCGAACAUUUCGGUCGAGAUGGUAUGAAGCAACAUUAUAAACCUGUUAUUUUAAAAGCUUUGAUACAAAUGGAUACGAAAGGAAAAAUUUUUGAUCGUUAUUUAAGACAAAAAACACGAUUAUGUUUACCAUCAAGCAGGGAUCUAGAUAAUUUACUUCAAUAUUAUCGAAAUCUGAGUACAAAACAUGGUUUCGAUAAUCGAACAUCUGUUUUUCUACAGUUUCUUCUAGAUAAAAAGACUCGUAAUAAUGACAGACAUUCUGACAACAAAAUUAAAGAAUAUCAACAGUGUUGCCAAGAUUCCGAAGUGCCACCAUCCUUUAGAGGAUAUAUUGGUUUUAGAGGGUUAGAUAUUGAGCCACAAUUAUUCAAUGAUUAUGAACGAUUGUUUCAAUCAAGAUGUACGAAAAUAAACGACUCCAAUCGCAAUUAA